UUUCUUCAAGCAGCCAGAAAGGAAUCAAAGGCAAAAGAAAAAUAAAAUCCGCAGUCUUUCUUUACCAUCAACUCUCCAUAAAACCCACAAUCAAAACGACCGAGCCGGUGUCUUGGUAACGUAAGGUCACGAGCUAAUUAGGAUUUUUUUAAAAGUUAAAAUAUGGCAUCAAGGCGCAAUGUUCGUUACAGUGCUCUUCCUGAUGAUGACAAUGAUGAUAAAUUUGGUGUACAAUAUGACCCUCGAUUUGAUUAUACACCUGGAUCUUUUGAUAAAGUCCCAUGGAAGUCCAUUUUCCUUGCAAUUUUUCUGCUCUUCCUUGGAUGUGUACUUCUCUCUCUAUCAUACUUUAUCUUCACUGGGCACAUGGGAGGAGAGAAGUCCCAAGCUUAUGGUCUCUUAGCUCUGGGAAUCAUUACCUUCAUGCCGGGCUUUUAUGAAACUCGGAUAGCAUAUUAUUCAUGGAGGGGUGCUAAGGGAUAUCAGUUUGCUUCUAUCCCUAGAUAUUAGAUGUGUGCCUCAGUUAAGUUUGCCUUAGCAGCAAAAACUAGGUUAUGUUGUGGACGAAGUGAUUUACAAUCUGGUGUACAGAAUCACAUGCGUCUGUGUUUCUUUUUAUGUUAUCCUAAGCUUCUGUAUUUCCAAGCAUCAAGAUGUUGGUACUCAUUUUUGUAAAUUUUCCUUCCACGAGACUGAUUGUUUUGUGAUUUCAUUUUGUAGUCAACGGAAAAAAGAUUGAUUCUUGCUCA